AUGAAUGAUGAUAAUACGUUAGCUUUAUUAUAUGAAGGAAUUAAUUUAAUUUUCAAUAAAUGGACCAUACUACGUUUAGCUGUUACAAACAACUGGGGAGGAAUAAACUCAGAAGAAAAGAAAAAAAAAUUAAUUGAUUAUGUUCACAACUUUGUUACAAAUAAUAAUGCAAAGAAUAAAUUGUGUGAUUAUUUAAGAGACGAAAUGAGCUUUCUUUUUAAUGUUGAUAUUGAAGAUGACAGCGAUAUUGAAAUUGCCGAUUUAAUACUCGAUCUUUAUCAGAAUUUAAAAAAAAAGAAUUAUGAUAUUCUAGAAAAAAUUAAAAACAUACAAGUAUAUGAUAUAUCUUGUUCACAAGAAAAAAAUUUAAUUCAGACAUAUGAAAACGAAGACGAAGAAAAUAUGGAUGAUGACUAUUCUUCCUCAAAUGAUAAUGAAUAUUCAAAUGAAGAAUCAUCAGACAAAGAAUAA